UUCUGGAUGAGCUGAAUGCAAUGCAGUUGGUUCCCUUCGUGGCCACGACGCUGGUCGUGGCGCUAGUGUGGCCCUUGCUAGCUGCCCGUCAAGACGGGUCGUGCAUGUUCCCGUCGCGCUGGCACGGGACGUGGUUCCAGUCAGGGGUGCGCCAGCCCAUCAGCAUAGAGCAAAGCCGCCUCAGCAGCAAGGGCCGCUGCCUGCGCUCCGAUGGCGACAAGUUCGUCGUCGUCGAUGAGAAAGGCUGUUUCCGUUGCGUAGUUAUUCACGAAAAGCACCACAACGUUCUGCAGUACAAGGAGACGUUCUGCCACACUCAAGAGGCGCUGUCGUCGCUGUGCUCGCUGAUCACGGGCGACGCGCUGCUCUACUCCAUGUUCCGCGUCGACGCGACGGCCGAGGCGUGUCCGUUCCGCGGACCGUUCACGUUCACGUACAACCGCGGCUACGGAGAGUGCCGCACGCCCGUCUCCUCCAUAGACUCGUGCACCGACGACUCGCGCCUGCUGCUGCGCUACCAGGCCUGCCCCGACAUCUCCGGCACCGAGAGCACAGUGGAGGAGCUGCAGUGCCUGGCGACGUGGAAGGAGGGCUCGUCGCGCUACCUGGUGGGCAAGGUGCACCACAGCCACGCGAGCUCGAACGAGGAGCGCUACCGCUGCUUCGUGUACGAGAAGACGAGCGCCGCGGGCACGCCGGGCGCUGAGCUGGCCGCCGACGCGGGCCACCACGACGAGGGCGUCGACUACCGCGUGGCGCAGUCGGGCGACGCCACGUGCAACGGGCUCUUCACGCCCCUCGAGGGCUCGCGCACAAUGACGCUCACCAGGGCGUCGUCGCCGGCCAAGUGCAGGUUCCCGUCGUGGCUGACGAGCUCGCACCACUGGCACACGCUCGACUACCGCAGGGCCUACUCCCUCAAGCACCGCAACACCACGCUGCGCAUCGCCAACGUCUCCACUGCUGGGUUCCCGCCGCCCAGCAGCGGUCCGUCGCUGUCCAUGGAGCUGUCGCAGCCGGGACACGAGAUGCGAGUCGUCUGCAGCGAGCUGCGCGCAGUCACGCACGACACGGCGCAGAUCGUCGCUCACUUCACCACCGGAUGCCAGAGCGGCUACAUGUGUAUGCAGUUCUACCGGAGGGACCCUCACGUCAUUGAACUGCAGACAGGAGGCCAUUCUCGGAGGCCAGAGGAUGCUUGCUCUGUGUCUCACUUCAACAAAUCGUCUCUUCCAUACGUCACUCUUGUCACGGCAUUCCCAGAGCAGCGAGCGUGCCCAUACCAGGGAGAGUUCACUGUGACGGGUGUCAAUAGGCUGCGCACCCAGAGGGACCUUCCGGACAGCCCUUGUGAUGGGGAUGACACGGACUUCACCAGCCUUGUAGUUGGUUGCAGUGCGGGGCACACCAUGGAGUUUCGAUCAGAUUGUGAUGACGAAGACUUUGUCUCUACCUAUUCAUGUCAUGGACACUGGGAAGACAAUGGAACAAACUUCCUGAUAACAACACCUCUAAGUCGCACAUCGCAUGGUGCUCGCAGGCUUUGCUUCAUGUACCGUGAGGUGGAUGGAGUUGUUCACUUCUCAUCUAGUGCUGAUAGUUGCACACGUGCUGUUUCACCUGGAAUUGGUGGUUCUUUAGCCUUCAAUGUCACCAGCACAGGAAGGUGUCUUGAAACAAGCUCAGCUCCAUCUACAGUGGUUAUAUCAUUAUCGCUACCCACACUUUUGGCCACAGGUGUUUUUGGAAUUUUUGCUGUAUAUCAGUACUCUGAUGAGAGGUGAUCAAAAAAUAUACAUUUAGUAUUUUAAAUAAUAAGGUGAAGGUUCAGAAAGCUAAGUGACUUAUGUAAGGCAAUUAAAAAUAUGUGGAUGUUUGGAUGUGAUACCCUUCUUUUUUAUGGACAACCUUCUGCUGAACAACAUAGAAAUGUGUAAAAGUGGGUGACAAAUUAUGGCGAGUGAAUAAAUAAGGGCAUUGUACAUGAACUUGAUUACUACUUUUUCAGUGUUAAAACAUAAUUAGCUGUGUAUGGAAGUUGAUAAUAAUUUGUCUGGAGACUAUUUGCUGCUUUUCUCUUCCUGGAACUCAAAAUUUUGUGAUUCUACAGAAUAUAUAAUAUUGUUUGUAUGUAUGUGUGUGUGUGUGUGUGUGUGUGUGUGUGUGUGUGUGUGGUUGGGUGGGUGGGUGGGGGGUGGGGAUAGAGAGAGAGAGAGAGAGAGAGAGAGAGAGAGAGAGAGAGAGAGAGAGAGAGAGAAGGGAAAUGGGUGAGCAAAUAUUGGUGUGGGAAUAAAAGAAAGUGAGGAAUAUGAAUGAGAAGUAAUGCCUUUAACAAAAAAUGAAAUGUAAUGGUCAGCAAAGCUGAUUUUUACAUCAGUUGUGUACAGUGCUGUUUGUCUGAUAGCAUAUAUACACACACACUGCAGCAAUAGUCUAUUGUUAAAUAGUACCAAAUGUAAAUACAAAAGAUUGUAAUUAACAUUAUAAGAUUUGUGUGAGUUAUUUGACCUAUGCUUUGUUGAGCACAUUCCGUAUUUGGAUUUAACAAAAAUGCAGACUUUAAGUGGAAUAAAUCAAUCAUAGAAAGAAUAAUAUAUUUACAAAAAAAAGAUCAGUUAUUUGGGCAUAGCUCUUCUGCUGCAUUACAUAAAAGGUGUGACCUGAAUAACUGAAAAACAAUUGCAAGACUGACAUGAUUUUUGCUUGGGGCAUAUUUUCUAAUAACCCCAGAACAUACUCUUCUAAGAAGGUGAACUUCCUACUAUUUACUGUAUAUGCUUACUGAGAAGAUCACUUUCAAGAUGCUGUCAGGGCCGUAUGUAACCAAACUGUGUCUCAAGUUUGCAAAAACUUUUGUACCUUGCACUGAAAAUAUGUCGUCACAGAAACCAAACAUUCAUUGAAGCAAAAAUCUGUGAACAGUGCUCUAAUAAAAUUUGCUUUGUAAGUUUGAAGUCGUGCCACAUUACAAUUUUCAUUGUACACACUCUGCCAUAUUAAAUGGUAAUUUUUUUUUUAUCUGUGAGUUCUUUCAAUUGUUUUCAUCCCAUUUGUUUUUCAUUAUAGAAUAACACAUUUGUAGACAGAAUAAUGUAUAAUCCAUUAUGUAUUUUAUGAUUUAUGUUCCUUUUGCAUUUUAAAAAGUGCUCUAUGAACAUCAAAACAGAUUCUUUGCCCCAUUGUCAAAAAUAAACCAAAUUCAUUCUGCAACUGUAAUUAUUAUGGAAUUUUUCACAAGCUCUUGACUGUCAGUAAACAGAGUCUGUACAUCCAGCUUUCAUAGCCCUCUCAUAUCAUACUAUUAAGGGGGCAAGCCAUACACAUUUCAUGCUGUAAUGCUGCAUAAAUGUUUUCAUCAAGAUUUAUUGGUCGCAUUUUGUAUAUAGAGAAUUAAUUGUCCUUGGUUGUUGAAUGAGACCAGUUUUAUGCUGACCUCCCACAGGAAUGUUUAGAUCAUGAUGUACAGGUCAUAUCUUGCAUGUAAAGAACUGAUUCUCCUCAGUUGCUUCAUAAUAUGAAACAGAAUCAUUGUGUAACAUCAAGCAACUGGUUUCAGUACUACAUGCAGCUGUGGUUAACAGUAAAAUUAAUUUCCUUUAUGUACUGUAGAUUACAGAUGAUGGUUUCUCAUGUGCAUACCACAGUGCACAAGACAUCUGAGCACCAUUCUUUGCUCUUUUCACCAGAAAUGUAUACAGAACAAUUAUGUCAUUUGUAAUAAGGGAUGAGCUGUGAAUUCAGUGGUUUUUGUAAUGCAAACACCAAGUUUCAGCACUGCUUUCCACCUAUAUUCAAAGUGAUUCUACAAACAUUUUCUUUCCUGAGUGUGCUUAAUUUUAAGAUUUGUUGUAACCAAUGUGUUAGGUACAAUAAGAUAUUCUUUUAUCAGAGUCUGCUGUCAGUAUCUGUCUGAAUGAAAUACAUUGUGAAAUUCAUUGCUGGAAACUAAUAUCCCAUGUUUCUGCAUAGGUAAAUUACCUAUUGUGCCUUGAAACAACACAGCUGUGUGUUUACGAAGCACUGUAAUUAUGUUAUGAAGAAACAGUUUAAAUUUCAUACACUUUCUUCAUGGAUGUAAAACUUUAUCUUUCAAUAAAAGAAGGAGAGUUUGUUUUAUUUUUACUGUACAGCAUUAUACAUGAGAAUGUGUGUCUUUUUAGAUGCAGUAGUAAUAGUAAUUGGAUUCAAAACAUGAAUGUAACUUCCUGAUUGUAAAGUACAAGUGUUGGUUUAAUGCGGAAGGAUCAUGCUGAUAUAAAUGUCCAAUAGUGAUUUCCCAGAAUUCAUUUCAGUGUACAUCAAGUUUGUGUUAUAAAUUGCAAUUACUUGAAUAUUGUGUGGCCAUACAUAUGAAAGACAAUUUUAUGACAAUCAAGCAUGAUAACUGGCUAUAAGACCUAUGCUAGCAGCUAACUCAGAAAGUAACAAACACUGAGGUUUAAUACCAUAUGAAAGAAAUCAUUCUUUCACAAGCUUUUGUAGACUAAAAGUAAUAUAACAUGCCCUUUAGCUGCCCCGUGGCUGCACAUGGGACAGCAGUUGUGAGAAUUUCACUGUGAGGGAUGUGCUGAAUUCUCUAAUUUGCUUUAUUCAAUACAAAUUUAGUGGCAUUACAGAUAAUCCCAUACGCCUGACUCUGAAGUACUCUCCCUGCACUUACUUUGCUUUGUGGCUGCAAUGCCAUGAUGUUUAAGACAGAAUUAGUGAUAGUAAUACUGAAAGCAUAAACUCAUGUGACACACAGGCUGGUGCAAGCAUUUUAAGUUGACACACCAAGUGGUUUGUUUGUUAGGUGUUUAAGCACAGACAGACAACUUAUUUGGCUACCCUUUUGGAGGAAAGAAAUUGGCACAUCUGAUUUUGAGGACAAGAAUGUAUUUUCUACUCAUAGGCAACAUUAUAUUGUGUGAAAUCUACAUGUUUAUAUGUCUACAUUGAACAGAGUGUUUCAUUAACAUUGAGAGGUGGAGCCCAUAUUCAGUUCAAAAAAUUCCUGUGCUGAUAAUUUUUGAAAGCUAAUCUCACUGCGUGAUUUAACUGAAAAUGAGUAAACACAAGCACAAUGAAAUAAAUUAUUGUGCAUAGAAGUAAAGAUAUUUGGAUUACAAUUUUACUAAAAUGUCCUAUCUCAGUUUUACUGCCUCCUUUUUCAAACCCACAUCCCUAGUUUCUUCUGAAACUUCAUUUGAAAUUCAAAUAUGUAGGCUGCUUUAUUAUUGGAGUUAAAUGUCAGUUCAUUGAACAUGGAACAAAACAUAUAGGUUAGCAUUUUAAUAAUCUUUUUCUGUUUAUGUGCAUGAUACUUGUCUUUGUUAUUUGAAGAUAAUAUAGUAUGUUAUGUCAUAUUAUCUGCUUGGUAUGCAGGUUUUGUUGCUAGUACAUUUUGAAUCAGAUUCAUAGAGUAUUCAUGUAUGUAAUACAUGUUUAUUCUGUUUUAAAUUUAUGGUUUUGUAAUAUCUUUGUUGCAGUUCCAUUUAUACAGGCAGUGUUCAACUGCAAACAUUGUACUAUAAAAAUCACCAGUGAUGUUAUGCUGAUGCAAAAUGAAACAGGCAUGAUGGCAAAGACACAUUGCAUUAUAUAGGACACUCUCUCCUUGAUAUCAGCUAUUGUUUUAUUAACUUUACUUUAUAAUCAGAAAACAGCAAAGAAUUUAUGCCAUGGGUGCAACAUUUUACACGGUCAGAGAUUUUGAAUGUAUGCAUAUUAGUAUUCAGAGGUUGGACGAGAAGCUGGAAUAAACUAGAAAAUAUCUAAAUACCUAUUGUUCACAAUAAUAGUUAUGACAAUGAUACAUGGUCACUGAAGCAGAGCUGAUACAUUUGUGUGAAGUCUGCCAUCACCAUUUUCUCAAGUACGGUACCAGAAGACAUGGCAACUGUAGCAAAAUGUUUCAAUGACUUCAGAUGCAAAUUUCUUCAAAAAAAAUUUUGACGCAAUUUAGAUGUUACUCCUUCAUAGAGCAUCAUGUUCCCUGUCAUUACCAGCACAGUUUCUUGACUCUCACUUUAACUAGUGGUACUGAUCACCAAAGUUAAAGAUGUCUCCAGUGAAGUGUAUAGCUAACAUCAUUUGUACUUCUGUCCAAUAUGGGUAAGAGCUCAUGUAUUCCCUAGUAGCUCUGUUGCGGGUGAGGAAAGAAUCAAAAUUUGGUACUUCAGAUACUCCUGGUCUCUAACUUGCCUGCAGCACAUACUUAACCAUCAAAAUGGAGUUGGAUUCAGUAUUUACUGAUAUGUAUAUGCCAUACACUUCCUGUUCACUUCCAUUGUUCAAUUGUCUUAAUUCCAGUCCACUGUCUUCUUCCCCUGUGAUUGCUCAUCCAUGUAUGUUGAAUAUCUUAACUCUUUCCUUUGCUUGCUCCAUUUAUACUGUAUACACACCUGUCACUGCUCUUCACCCCACCUCCACCUCCAACCUCCCUCCAACUUCAGGUCUCUUCUUUUUCUCACAUAUGGGUCCUCAGCUUUGUAUUUGUACAAUGACUUCUGUCUAUCUGUGGUGUUAUAUUUCCAAAUGUCUAUAUGUUUAUUCUUCUGGCAUGGUAUUUUCUUUUAUUAUAUUCUACCUUCCUAUUUCUUCUCUUCAUGACACCUCUCAUUUCCUCCUUAGUAUCUCUGUAAUUUUACAGGCAUGUAAUAUAUCCUGACUAUUUGAUUAACAACAUAGGCCUACUUUUCAUAGCCUUCUGAACUUAUUAUUUCUUUGUUUGUUUUUCCCUGCACCUGAAAUACCCUUGUUACCAAAUUACAUAACAUGCAUUCAUUCCCCCACCCCAUUUAAUCCUUCUGUUUCACAAUGUUCAAAAAAUUGAAAAUAUUGCUUGGUUAUUAAAUGGAUCUGCCAAAGACCAUGACAUUGUUAUCUAUCACUUUUCAUAUUUAAAAUUUGCUUGUUUGAUAUUUGUCUAACUAAAGUGUAAUGGUAUGAGUUGAGGCAGUUUUUUGUCAAGAAAAUACAGCAUUUGAAAAGCAGAUAUAUUAUUGGUUUCAAACAGAUACAUGGAAAUUAUUAGAGCAGUUUCUAUUUAUUGUUUUGGUCUAAAUGUUUAGGUUCUUAAAAUUAUAUAAAUAUAUCUUAAUGCUACAUGUUUGUAAGUAUUGUUGCUCACUUGUACAUAAAUUUAGUCACAAAAAGGCAUUAAGUGCAAUUAUUGCAACUUAUAACCAAAAGAGGCCUUCUUAGCAUAUACAGGCAUUUCUUUUAACUCCCCUUAAUAAAACAAAUGAAGAUGGUGGGGUAGUGCUACAGUCCCAUAAUAUGCAGACUGACAGGGCCAUGCGCUACACAUUGGAAUGCAGAGUGCAGAUUUCGUGAACAUCUUAAUGACAGAAGUUGGCGAAUAGUUGUGAAUGAUAAUGCUAUUUCCAUUGCUGUCAUGAGCAGGUGAAAUUAAUUUAUAAUAAAACUUAUGUUUUAGUUUCAAGCUUCUUUUUAAAUAUGCAGCAAGCAUAAUAUUAAAAAAAUUCAGUCUUAAUAAUUCCUAUACAACUAAAAGUAAACUUUUAAAACAAAAACAUAUCUGAAGAACUGCACUCAUUCACCUUGUUUACAUGCAGUAUAAUGAAAUACAGAGAAUAACAAAAGUUUAAUAGUGUUCAGAUGAUGAAACCUGUGAGUCUUAAACAGAUGUACAUCUUCUUUUUGCACCUUUCUAAUAGCAGUAUAUGGAAAUUGAUUCUUGGGUGAAGCUAAAAUUUUACCAAAACUCUACCUAUAACAACAGUUAUAAGAUUUUUUAACUCAACUUCUAAGGGAAAAAACCUGGUUUGUGCAGUUUUUUAAAUUAGAAACAGCUCUUUGCUUCUCAUUUAUUGGUAGUUGUGUGUGAACAAAUAGCCAGACAGUAACAAAACUAUUAAUGGCAAUAGGUUCAAAUUUGGAUGUUGCAUGCAAGUUUUCUUUGUGUCUGAGAUUAAAUUUAUGAUUUGUGUUGCAUAAAAAUGAUUUUUCCCUAGUUACAGUGUACAAACACAGUCAUAUCUCUCUCCAAUUCCCUAUUUCUUGAAACAAAUACUUACAUUACAAUUUCCUUGAGAGUUGAAAGUCUAACAUCUUUUCCAAAUAUCCAUAUUUGUGUACUCUCUUAACUACAUCUCUCAAGUGCUGCUGAAAUAACUGUCCUUGAGUGUCCUAAAUAUAAAAGCUAGAUCCCCUUUUGUAUAGAGGUUCCUCUAUUUAGUAUAAUGUUCAGAUCCAUUUUUAAAUCAUUCAAGCUCUAAAAUCUAUAAUUUAAUAGUUUUCCAUAAUUCAUUCUUGUGUUCCUUCUCAGUUGAUGUCAAAUCAUGUUGUACUUUUCUUAAAAAAUUUGGUCACAUCUUUCAGUGGGGGUAAUAUUUACCUAAUUACUUCAUUUCUUGCAUUCAAAUAUAUGUAUUCACAAUUGUGAGUCUAUGUUUUACUUGUAUUAGUAAUUUUCUAAAAAUCAGCUACAGUUUGCUGUUUUUGCAAUGAAGGUUGUUUGAAGCUGAAACAUAUUUAAAAUGUUAUUAGAUAUUUAUGGUAUGUCCCAUUAUCUUCUACACUGAAUACUCAUCGCAAUUUAUAAUUAUGUGCCAUAUUAGCAUUUGGACCCAGAUACUUGCAUUCUCUGAUUUUGUGUGUCAAAUUGAAAGGGCAUGGCAUGGCAUCUCAAAGUCAUUCCUAGCUUUGAGUCUCUGUCCAGCAGAUAGUUGCAAUCACUUUCUGAAAGUGAAAUCUUCACUGGUUUUUGUCUAAAUAUAGUGACUUUGACAGAACUGUAGAACAUAAAAACUAUAGUCAUACAUUCUACAUAGGAAAGCAGUAUUUUACUGAGACAUUGCUUUCAUAUUACGACAGCCAGUGGACUUCUUCCUUUGUAUUUCACGAGCACAUUUAAAUGUGGUGCAAUAGAUGCUAACUGCCUUCCCCCUUUUCUCACAUGAAUUGGAAAUCAAGCCAUGUGGCCUACAGAAACAACACUGGCUCAUUCACAUCCUUGCUGUUUAUCAUGCUGAGACCAUCAGAAAAUGAUAGUGAACUCCAUAUCAUCUCAAAUUUUCAUAAUUUUUAGUAGUUAUUGUGUUUCACAUAUUCAUUCUCUUCAGCAACAAUUUAUUGUCAAGAAAUUCAUCUGAUUUAUCAUAUAAUCUGAUUUUAAGGUACUUGAAUGUCAAUGUAAUGGACAGUGAAACUCUAUUUCCCAAUUUUGGUAUACUCUGCAAUAUUAUAUAAUUCCUUUUUUUCUUCUUUUUUUUGAAAAGUGUACAUGAUGACAUUGAUGUCUAGUCACUGAACUUGGAAACAAAGAACAGCUGCAUAUAGGUGAAAUGAUAUUAUAAAUUAUGAUUGUGGUCUUAAGCCAUUCAUUACAAAUUACUAAGGAAAUCACGACACUGACAAAAGUCCUCAUCAUUUUGAUAUUUCACAGCUUCUGCAGCUACAAUAGCACCCUUGGAAGGUCAUGUAUACUGCUGUUGCAAAAUUAAAUUAUCAUCACACACUGAUAAAUGUUUAUCCUAGUAUGACAUAACAGUAAAAUGAGCUAUUUAUGGAAUCACAGUAUUGCUACCACUAAUGUACAAGCAGAAAUAGACAUUUGUGUUUCUUAAAAAUUCAUCCAGCAGUUUUCCAAUGAGUCCUGAUAUCGUAGUAAAGAAACAGUCAUAUUUCAGUCACAAAACUGUGAUAUCCUUCACUUUAUUGAAACAUACUGCAGAAUAUUGUUGUUAUCCAUUCCAUUUAUGUAAAAAGUUAUUUGCUUCCAUUGAAUGACCCUUGAGUGCCUCACUUUCUUUUUUAAAAAAAGAAACUGUGUUCUAAUAAAUAUUAGUGAAUACUAUAACAACAAGCACCACUCAGAUCUUACUCAUAAUUUUUCCAUUCACGUGGUUUAUUGAAACUGUAACAAUCACCAACUUCAAAUUAGUAAUGACCUGUCAGAAGUCCAAGUUCUAUGUUCAGCACUAAAGGAGACACAAGAUUGAGGAAAAAUCAUAUAAAUAGAAGGAGGGAAAAUAAUGUAUAAAAAUAACAGCUUCAUUUCAUUUUCACUGAUUCUAUGCUUCACAGACAUCUGUUGACUUGAAUAUGUCAGUGACAUAAUCUCUAUACUACAUCUGCCAUAUUUCUGAACCUCCCUCCAUUCAUAUUGUCCUAUCAGCUGUGGACAGAGAAACCUUAACGCAAUACUAGAAAAUUCGUUUUUUCUGUCUUCUGUUAAUAUAGUCUAUGCUUCUGUUCCUGGAGUUUUUGGUAUGAUUUUUAGCAGUGUCAUUCUUUUCUGGAUUGAUAUUUUUCAAACACAAACACUUAAUAUUUAUGUCCCAUAGAAUAUUUUAAAAAUUCUCUUGCUAUGGCCCAUUAAGCUUGAGCUUGUAAAGCAAUAUAAAAUUUUUAUCAUUUUACUUUUGGACACUAUGACUCACCUUUGCAGUACGCAAGAAUUUUAUGUACAAAGUUAAGCACAUGUCUGGUGUAAUGCAGAAGGGAUAACACUGCUACUGAGCUACAUAACAAUGCACUGCAUGACAUGGUUUGAUCCAUUGUUAAAGUUAUGUUAUUUGAAACAAUGUAUGUGUGCAUAUAUUUUGUGAGAGAGUUUUGUGGAGACUUUAUCCACAUGAACAAGAUGAAUCAUGCAAAUGCAUCACUAUAGUUGUGCAAAUUAUGAAUGCUUUCUUUACUCUCUAACAUAUUGAUUUAAAUUUCCUUUGAACCCCUAAUGCUUAUAAACAAUAUGUUGUGCAAAUAAUGUUGCUGAAUUGUUCAUAAACUCAAGCCCAUACUCUGUUAUAAUUCAGCAGAAUGAAUAUAUUUUUUGAUGUUGCAGUUUUAAGUGAUGAAAUUGCUUGGCAAUCAGCUUAAAUGGAGAACAGUAAUUUAAGAAAUAUGAUAAAGAUGAUAAGACGUGCACAGAUUUUUAUUCAUACAAGGUAGUAUUGUGCUUGACAAGAUUUAUUUUUUUAAUAGUAGAAGUACCUCAGAAAAUUUGGGCACCUGGUAAUCAGACUUUGAAAUAAAUUAACUGUAAAAUAGAACUGUUUCUACAGUACAUUAUAUGACAAGCAUCUGCACAUUUAAGUCUACUGUUCUAUGUGUCUUCUUGUUAGAAAAGUGAUCCACAUGUACUGCUGUGAAACUCAUAUAAAUAGAGUGCUAUAACAUGAGCAUAGUUACAGCAGAAUUACUUUCAAAUUGUAAUGACUUAUGUUCACAGAUCAGUCUUAAAUUUGUCAACUGAGUCAAAGGACAUGCCACACCAUAUUACACAAUUCACCAUACCUACUGCAAUUUGCAUACAUCAAUGUGAGGCUCCUGUGAUUAUCAGUACUGUAUUUGUUACCACUGCAUAAAGUUAUCUAAUUAAUACUUACGUUUUUCAUACAAUCGUAUGUACUCUUAUUGAAAGAGUAUUAAUAAAUUUUAGUGACUUUAUUUGAUGGAUAAAUAAUCUCCAUAUGAAUAGUAGAAGAGAGUUCUGUAAAAAUAUUGUUGUCUUCUGUCAAAUUCUGUGAUUAUGUUUUAUUUACAUCAUCAUCCCUGUGAAAUGAAAAGAAGAGUAGGAAGAGUAAAACAAAAGCUGAAUGAAUUCAUGGUGGAACAGCCUGCAACUUUUAUAUUUUUCCUGGAAGUUAAAAGGAACAGAGAAAAACUAUGUUUAAAUUGCUCACAAUAAACUGUUACUAAUAAUUUUACUGCUGCACAUUUCUGUUUAGAGACUGAAAACUACUUGCCCAUUUUUAACCUUUAUUCAAUGAUAAAAAUGAUGCAAAAGUAAUCAUCCAUGUGAAAGCCUGUGAAUUACACAAAAAUUUUUGUGGUGUUCUAUUCUACUUAUUUUAAAAACAAAUCUUGAUAUUUGCUAAUAUUGUACAAAUUAACAAUGUAACCACUUCUUGUUUUAAAUCACUUAUGUAAUCCCAGGAGGCUGACUUCUCUUUUCCCAAUAUCAUCAUAAAUACUGAAUCAGAAAUGUGGCAGUUUGUUCUGCAAGAUCACAAAGUCUGUACAUGGGUGAGAAAAAAUAUUUGGUACUGAUGUGUCAUCCGUUAUUGUUAUUGGCACAAAGGAAAGUUUGUCCUACAGUGUACUGAGCAAUAUAUCACUUUAAAAAUAAAGAAAAAUCAUCAAAUAAAGUGGAAUUUUUAAACUCAA